AUGUUUUGGUAUAAUUGGGUAAUAUUUGUGUUGAUAUUUCCGGUAUAUUAUGUGUCGGAGUUUUUGGCCAACUCUUCGCCGCCAUUGUUCGACACUCGGAACCAAUCGAGCGAAUGGUUGACAGACUUGGAUCCGGACGACAUCAAUAUGUUGCACGGCUUCGGGUCACUGACCGCUUCCGCACUGCUCGAGAAGGUGAAGGAAUUGCAGAACUUGUCGUAUCAGUUGGGGUUGGAAGAGGCGCGAGAGAUGACCAGGGGCAAAUUCCUCAAUGUUCUGCAAACCAGACCUAAACGAUACAAACGAUGA